CCUUGUUUCGUUAAAUUUUAUUGUUUUAUUUUGUAUAGUAAAACUGCAGGUUGGUACUUUGUACCAUACAGUCUAAUUACCAACUUCAGUUACAAAAAGUUUGGAAAGUAUUUAGAUUUGAGCUAAUACCCUUCCCAGUUGUAUAAUUUAAGAAAUAUGUUUAUGCUAAGAAACAAUGACAGAUGCAUGAACUAAACCUUUUUGAAGAUAUCAUAAUUUUUUUACGUUUAUUUCUGUCUUGUUAGGUUAGCUAGUGAAGCCAGGUAGCGGGUGGUUUAAAUCAGUACCUCUCGUCGACACCAUGGUUACUUCGUAACUUCUGUUCAGUGUUCAGCCUUGAGAGGGGCCGCCCUUUCUCAAGGUUCAGCGCUCGGACAUCAAAUUUUAGUCUGUUAGUGAAACUUGAAACUUAAAGCCAUGGAGUCCGGGCAAACCCAGUUUGAGUAUGAAGAGCAGUUCAGGCGUUAUCUCCUCAUAGCAAAAAGCUUUGUAGGACGCUUGCAAAAACCCCAUGAUAGAAAAAUUUGUAAGCAUUGGAUUCAAAGGAUUAUCUGCUUGACUCCUUGCAGUGUUACAGUUGGCAGAAAUCGUAACAUAUUUUUCCAAUAUCUCCUACAGGUAAUUCAGGAAGCUGUCCUGGAAGACAUGCUUAAAGAUUCUCCGGAUCACAUCCUUUGGGACUUCCAGCACUUACCUGUACAGGGUAUGAGGAUAGUCGAAAACCCUGCUUGGCUUGAAAGAGAGCUUGACGUCCCUGAGAUUGAAGAAAAUGUUGCAGAGUCUGAGCCUAAGGAACCAUAUUUUGCUCAUUGGUCCCAUGAUCAAAAAACGUACAUUGCAGCCAAGGCUUUGCCUGGGAAAGGAGCCUUGAUAUACAUGGCUGUCUCUAAAGACCCAUCAUUAGGAUGGAGCAAUCUUGCAGAUUAAAAUAAGUAAGACUUAUUUAUAACAACUUGAACAGAGUAAAGUCAAUUUAUUUACUUCAACAAUGACACAACAGGAAACUUCCAUUAGCAAAAAGAACUUAACAGUGGGCUUGAGAGAGAAAAUUGAACUGAGAAGAAAUGAAUAUAUAACGGUCAAAAGUUUUUGAGAAUGUUCAUAAAUAAAAGGCAGGUACAACGGUU